AUGACAUCAACUGUGGCAGACGCGGUCUCCUCAAGCCAUGCCUUCCUCGGUGCCGACAGAUCUUACCACCAUCACCACCAUUGGGGGAGGCCCCUAAUUGAGAUGCAUCUCCGCCAGAUCGAGAGGCGACUGACCACACUAGAUCUAGAUUCUGGAUCAAUAUCAGGUGCCAGUGAUGUCGCUGAUGCGCUACUUCUAUUAUGCAACAAAGCAGGUCAUCUUAAAGAUAUGAGUGGUCAAUGUCAUUGGAUACACCUUUCAGGACUGGGAUAUACUCGAUUUGGGAGAACAUGGGCUUCUUGCUUCUCUUUCUAUCAAUUUACCAGCACAUAG